GUGAAGGAGUUGGGUGCCGUUGUGUAUGACUGCAGCUGUCUUGCUGAGGAUCUUGGCAAGAUCUUCGAGGCUUAUUGGUACCUGAAUCAGACCACGACCGUUCCUGCACACUGGCCCAAAAAUUACUCCACAGUGUACAAUAAGGACACACCCAUGCAGCUGUCACUCAAUGGGACCGAUGCCAGCGUCUAUCUAUCAAGCUCUCCUCCUUCACUGUGCGCCGAGGGCCGGACUCCAGACCUGCAGUCUAUCCUCAGCGUCAUCGCUGAUGCCCAGCAGUUCGUCUACAUCGCUGUGAUGGACUAUCUGCCCACUAUGGAGUACUCCAGCCACAAAAGGUACUGGGCAGAUAUCGACACCCAGCUGCGGAGCGCGGCUUAUGAGCGUAAUGUUCGUGUGCGUCUGCUGAUCAGUUGUUGGGAAAAUACCAACCCCAUCAUGUUCCCUUUCCUCCGUUCACUAGCAUCCUUACAGGACAAGAGCACACUGGAUAUUCAAGUGAGAAUUUUUACUGUGCCUGCCAACCCUCGACAGAAACACAUUCCCUACGCCAGAGUCAACCACAACAAGUACAUGGUCACAGAUAAAGUUGCUUACAUAGGCACGUCUAACUGGUCCGGAGACUACUUUGUGAACACCGCUGGAUCUGCGUUAGUGGUGAACCAGACCACAAGCCCCACAGUCCAGGAGCAGCUGCAGGCAGUGUUCGAGAGAGACUGGGACUCUCCGUACAGCACUGACAUCAACCACAGAACCAACCGCAAAGACGUGUGCUAGACCUUCACGCCGGAGAGAGCACAACACUGUUAAAAGGCAUUUGCUGGGGGAUGGUUUUCAGGGCAUGUAUAGCAUAGAGUAUACUCUAAAGUAUCAGCUUCCCUGGCCGUCUUUCCAUGAGCUACUUUUGCACUCAGUAAUAAUGAUGAUGUCACAUCUGACCAGUUGCAUAUAUUUUGCACAAAAUGUCUUUUAAAUGACAAUGCAAUGCAAUACCUCUUAACAGAAAUACUUUCCUGUUGAUUCUUUCUAACAUGGUUUUUGAGGAGAAUUGAUUUAGUGUCUUGUUCAUAGCUGCUUCCUCUUUUUAAAGUGAUUUCAAAGGCUGCAUUUAAAAAUCAUCUCAACAGUAUUAUUCAUGUUUUAAAAAAUCAGAUCUGACUCAUCGAAGAAGCGGGUUUUAAUAACCAGUCUGUUGCGAUGAACGUCUGCGAAGGCAUUUGUGCAUGUUUGAACACAUUUGUUGUGGUGUCACCGCUAUUGGUCAGCAGCUCUUGAAUGUUUUAAUUCACUCACUUUACUUCAAAGACUUGCAAGGUGAGAAAUUAUGAAGUACGUGGUUUUUUUUUAUUAUGUCUAUUAAUCUGGAAGUGAAAAUGUCUUGGUAUUCGUGUAAAAGAGUCAUUGCCAGACAUGUUCAUCAUUAUAAAGAGGAACAGUGAGUAGUGAUGAGGGAUGUGUGAGUCGGUUUUUAAGAUUUUUUUUUUUUUAAAUACGCACACUCCAUUGGCUGUGAACUUUAAAGCAUUUUCAAGGAAGUUUCUUUUCAAAUUAAGUUCAUUUUACAUUUGAAAUCUCUUUGUUUUGAGAGCUGCAUGUUUCAUGAAAGUGUAAACUGUUACAAGCACUUGGGCAACUUUUUCUAGUCAUCUCGAAGUCAUUUUACAUUAAUGACUGAUGAUUAGUAGUGCAACAUUUUUGUCGUAGCAUAGAAUUUGCAUGUGAUUCUGAAAAAACAAUGCAUGUAUAAAAGGCACAUGUUAUUUCAGAUUGUUUAGGAGGGACAUGUUUAACAAAUGUUAUGAAAACCACUCAAGUACACCCUUUCACCACACUCACUCUUUUCUUAAUUCAUUUUCUCUAAGUUUGAUAACAUUUCUCAGUUGCAAUGUAAAAGGUCAUGUCAUGUUCAUUCUUCUGUUUGAUUAAUUCUAUUCAUAUCACAUAAACUUACAUUUAGUCAUUUAUCAAACGCUUUUAUCCAAAGCAACUUACAAGUGAAGACAAUGAAAGCAAUCAGAUUCAACAAAAGAGCCAUAAUAAGCAAGUGCUAUGAUUUUUUGUUAAGUAUAUAAUAGAUAAAAAAUAAAACAAAUAGAUAGAAUAGAGAAAGAUAGUAUUAUGUCUUUUUUUUAUUUUACUUUCACAGAAAACAAGCAUUUAGAAAACGUAAGAGUUCAAGUCUUAAAAGAACCUUUUUUAAUGAUAACGAAACAAAUAGAUAAAAUAGAACAAGAAUAGAUUGCUAGAGUUAUGGUCAAAUAGAGAUGGAAGAUAUGUUUUUUAUCUGUUUCAUGAAGAUGGCUAAGGACUCAGAUUGUAAAUGAAUAAAAAUAAAUAAAUGUGGUUGAUUUUCUUA